AUGAACUUCAGUUUUCAAUUCCUCGACAUUACAACCAACCCUACUGUAAAUACUAUCUAUGGUACUAUAUUAUCGAUACCAUGGACCAGUGAACUGUGGUUACUUUCACUAAUUGGAUUUCAUUUCCUCACAUCCAUAUGUUUGGUACUGUUUGGUUUUCACACCGGAUUAAUGAAUUCGCUGCUAAUAACUGGAAGUAACAAUCAUUUACAAUUAUGGAUAUUUCAUAUCUUGUAUUUGGAACAUUCCUGUUAUUUUAAACAGUCUACUAAUUGUUCUACUCCUUGUUUUACAGGUCAACAGUUUAAUAAUUCAAUCGAAACGAUUGCAAAUUGCUAA